AUGGUUCCUGUGUAUGUGUGUGUGAAUGAGUACAGGCGACGGAUGGAGGAUGAGAUAGACAUGAAGCCCGGGGACAAGAUCGAGGUGCUGAUGGAUGACGGGGAGUACAAGGACGGGUGGUACCAAGGGAAGAAUCUGCGCACCGCGCAGGUCGGGCUGUACCCGGCGGUGUUCACACAGCCCAUCGGCCAUACGACUAGAACCACCGCGAAGUCAGAUAGACGUGUGCCCACGCCCAAGCUAGACCACGGGAACUUCGUAGAUACCAGAAUGUCGGGAGCGGGUGGCCACGCUGUGGGCGCUGUGGGCGCUGUGGGUGCUGCUAGCGCUGUGGGUGCGGAGACACCGCCGCUCAGCGCUAGCAGUGUGGCCACUAGCGCCGUGCACUCGACGCUGAACGACAUAGACCUUGCGCUGGCGGAGCUGAGGAAGGACUCGGUGACGCUGAGCCAGCCUCCGCAGGUGUCAGGCGAGUCGCUGCCGCCCACUCCCAUGUCUCGAGACAGCGGUGCUGGGUUCGCGGCAGGCAACCCCGUCAGCCAUGGCCAUGCCAGCCAUACUGGCCAUGCUAGCUAUAGUGUUCCGCUGUCCAGGGAUAGGAUCAUCGCCUGGGCGCCGAAGGAUGUCGCAGAGUAUAUGCUUUCCCGGGGGUUUGACUUCACCACCGCUUCGAAGUUCCAGAAACACCAGAUUACGGGUAUCAUCUUGCUUGAGAUGCAGACCAACAUGCUGAAGGAGAUAGAGAUCAGCUCGUUCGGGAUACGCUUCGAGCUGGAGAAGGAGAUCAACCACUUGCGUUCCGUAGUUUACAACAAUAGCACGCCGCGGUUGCAUAGCAACAACUGGGAUGGCUCCAGGUCAGCGUCGCAGAACACUAAUAGAGACAGCGUGCUCAUCUCGCCUCCGAGCCAGAUGGUGUCAUCGCAGACUGAGAAACCGUACCGCUCGUUGGACAAUUUGCAAAAUCCAGCAAGGAUACGGAAAUCUUCUACUUCAAACAGGCCUGCAUCGACCAUCAUCUCGUCGGAGUCCUAUAACAGAAGACCUAGUGAAAUUCAUAGUCUAUCCUCCAGAGUUCCAACGGGCGGACUCUCCGUCCCAGGCUCAAAUAAUAGCUCUAACCCAAACUUUAACCCAGCAUUGUAUGCUGUGCCAGUGGAUGAAAUACUGAAGGACGGCACAAUAUUUGAGUCCCCCGGAAGAGCACCAAAACCACCUUCUUAUCCAAGCCCAGUACAACCACCUCAAUCGCCAAUGGCAAAGCCAAACAAAGGUAACAGCCCUUACAUGGUCGCACCUCCUAAGUUUGAGAGUAGAACCCCAUCAUUGGCAUCCAGUGCAUCGUUGGUCAAUUCCAGCAAUUCAAUCCUUACGAGCUCCUCGGACCUGGGGAAUAAUUCAUCUAAGUUUAAAUUUCCUGCUAACCAGAACGACAAGGUCUCGGGAUUACUAGCACCCAGCAAAGAGAUCUCCCCCAGCUUGGAAAUGGAUGGCCUAAGCGGGAGAACAAGCUCUUCGGGAACAAGAGAUGUUGCUCUGGGUGAUUCUGACACACCAAUCAAUCUACCUAAUCAUUCGAGGAAAUCAAGUGGUCUGAAGAGAAACUCUGUCGUAUACAAGACGCAUAAGAAAAGUGAAUCCGGUGGUUCCUUCGUUGAACUCUUCAACAGGAUAUCCAUGCUUUCUCCAGGGAAAGAUGAAGAUCCGAUUAACGGACAUAAAAGAUCUUCAAGCUCUGCUACGUAUCAAAGUCAUACGCAUAGAAGAUCAGCCAGCAACGCUACAAUCCAACAUCAUUCUAGAAACUCAUCUCAAAACUUGAAUCAUAUGAGGCAGCCAUCAAUAGAUGAACAGAGACACAGAAGAAACUCCUCGCAAAAUUUAGCUCAUAUGAGACAGCCCUCAAUGGAUGGAGCCAGACAUAGAAGGAACUCUUCAAGGUUGUCAUUCUUUGGAGGUAAAGGUGAUAACUUACUACAAACAUUGUCUCCUAAUGUACUGACAAGUCAAAGUCAUAGUCGUAAAGGCUCUUAUAUUACAAGUCCUUUCAAGCAACAAUUUACAGACGCCGUGACAAAUUUGGAGUCACCGACUGCAAAUAGCAAUGGUAUAUUAUCUCCCAGCAAGGCCAAAUCUCCUCAAAAAUUCACGUCCCCACUUAAGUCAACACCUAACACUACAAAACAUGACGACAAGAAAACUGGUGAGAAACCACUUGUUCAUAAAAAUAGAAUUGAUAACAUCCUGAAGGAUGAGGAAGAAAAGAAAAGGUCGGUAAGUGAAACGGCCGUUAAAGAUAAAUCUUCAAGACUAGCAAGGCCAAUAAGACCAGCAAAUAAUAAACAGCAAACAUCAGCAUUCCAGGAAGGUCUUAGAUCAAUCACUGUUCAGGAGGCUAUGAAAACUGCAGAUUGUUCUGGUUGGAUGAGUAAAAAAGGUAGUGGGCCUAUGGGUACAUGGAAAGAAAGAUUUUUUGUGUUACAUGGGACAAGGUUGUCAUAUUUUGCUAGUGUAAAUGAUACGAAAGAACGUGGUUUGAUUGAUAUCACAGCACACCGUGUUGUUCCGGCUAAUGAAGAUGAUAAGUUAGUUGCACUCUAUGCCGCAAGUGUAGGAAAGGGUAGAUUCUGUAUCAAAUUAUUACCUCCACAACCAGGUUCCAAAAAGGGUUUGACAUUCACACAGCCAAAGAUACACUAUUUGGCUGUUGAAACUAAGGAUGAAAUGAGAGCAUGGCUUUCAGCAUUGAUAAAAGCUACUAUAGAUUUUGAUACAUCUGUUCCUGUCAUAAGUUCAUAUGCAACUCCUACUGUCUCUUUGUCAAAGGCCAAAGAAAUGUUGUCUGAGGCUAGAAAGUUGACACAAGAAAGAGACAACGAAAGGAGAUUCGAUGAGACCGAUGAAGAUAAGCUUUACUGGGAAGAACAAUUACAGCAGAACAGUUCAAGUUCGUUGGCUGAUUCGAAAAAGCUGGACCAAUUUGGUCAGGAGUAUUUUUAA